AUGUCGGUAACUCUGGCAACGUCGUCUCCUGGAGGGUCUCUUAUGCUUUGGGACCCGAAAGGACCCAUAAUAUACUGGCAGACAACCUAUUCAGAGGGAGAACCCAACAGUUUUGCUUACUUUGGCACUGGAGGCUGUGUGAGUGUACGCACCAAGCCUAAUCUGAUAUAUCUCUUCACGUAUGAGAAUACUGCACCGAAAUUCAAGUUUACUGCACCCUUUGACGUGGAGAUCGCCAUGUUGCACGGUAGAGCCGAGGGGUGUGACGCAGACUACCUUCUUCUUUGCGGCACUUCUGGACAGCUAGGCAUCUGGAACCUUACAACAGGCGCUCUUCUCGGUAUUGUGCAGCUUCAUUCACGAACUAUCACAGCUCUGGAUAUUUGGCAGAACUACCUGGUAACAGGAAGCAAAGAUGGAACAGUUUCCCUUUGGUCAUUUUCUAAUAUUCUUACUGCUAUUUAUACAAACAAAUCGCCCCAGCAAAUCGCCCUCAAUGCAGAUCACGCCUUUCCUCUUGUUUUCGUCAGAUUUGAUAAGUUUGUUCGCUCAGGGGAUAUUACCUUAUAUUCCAUGGCAGAAAAAGGGCAUCUACGCCGGUGGAGAUUAGUAGAGGCUUCAAGGGGCUUUAAGCUCGAGGCCACCAUGUCGCUGUUGGCUCCAGACACGCCCGUUUCUCUCAGUAUUGGGCCAACUGGGACCGUUCUUUACCUUCUAACGGCAAAAACAUUAUAUUCUGUUACCAUAGGUGGACCGGAGCUAUCAUCCACCCUUCUAUCUCUCAGAGAUGCAGCUGACAAUGGCACACCCAUUAGAAAGGUUUUGGAUAUUCCCGAAACCCUAGGGGACGAUGCUGCUUUCACCGCUCUAGAUACAUCACCGGUUACUCAAACCGUGCUCCUUGGAUUGAGCACCGGGCAAAUCAUGGCCUUAUUUCCUGGUGGUGGCUUCCAGAUAUACAGAAACAAAGAGUCUCUUCCUGUGAAGAACAUGACGAUUCUUCCUCACAACUACCGCUAUGCUGUGUCUGUCAAGGAGACUAAGCAAACUUCUUGUAUGCAAAUGAAUUUAAGUAGAACGCCUUCUCUUAAGCAGGAGCUCACAGAGGAGUGGCUAAAGAAGGCUGAGAGUGAUGGCUACAGCACCCUGUCAUUCGGACAGCUCCACAAAGAGACCCCGCUUUCGCUUGCACCGUUAGGAUUGUCUCCCAUCUCUUGCACAACCGUCACUAUGCAGUGUCGGAGGGACGAUGGGUUGCACAACAAGGUUGCUGAACCCAUGUGCAGUCUGUCGUUUUUGCAGGAAGAGCUGGGGCAAUUGAGCACAGAGGACUCACAUAGUUCUAAAGCUGGCUUGCACGCGGACUCAGCACAGGUCACAACUGCCACAAGAGUGGGUGUAUCUCCGGAAGAGCACAUGGCACUUAUCCAGCGUAAUCUAGAACUAGAAGCAAAGCUUGCACGACUAACUGCACAUGUUUCCAAGGCGCAGCUGAUCAGUGAAGGAGGAUACUACUAA